AAAAAAAAAGAAUGAAAAAAACUCGUUUUCCGAGUGUAAUGCAAGUAAAAAAAACUUGAAAUUUAUAACUUGGUACUCGUCAACACGUUCAUUGACAGGUUUUUAAUUAUAUAUGAUCGCUUAAUGAGCCAUUCAUAUUAGUUAAGCUUUUUUCGAGAGAUGUAUUAGUACCAGCAGUAAACAAGGUGACGAUGUGGUUACUGGGGAUCGUCAUUUUCAUUUUUCUUAGUGGAAUUGCCUCUACUACUACUGCUAUCCCUGACGAAUGCCGCCAAGUGGAAUGGCAGUUCAGUAAACAUCAGAAAGCGCUAACAGGUCACGUGAUCAAGACCAUUGACAAGCCAAGUGAGAGCGCAUGCGAGACGGAGUGCUACCUUGAGGCAAACUGUGUGUCAAUCAACUUUAAUGAGCUUUACCUGGAGUGCCAGCUGAACAACGCGACCGACGAGUCACGCGCUGCGUCCCUGAUGGACGUGCCGGGCUGGAGAUACAAGCCCAUCAUGGACCAGUGUGUCGUGAACGACUGUCCGGUCCGAAAAUCCUUUUGUCAAUCCGGGUUUGGCGGUCUUCACAGCUAUCGCUGUUUCUGCUCCAAGUGCUUCUCCGGGGCAAGGUGUGAGAAAGGCAACUUUACUGUACAAUUUCCACGGAAGCUCCAUGAAUACCACCUUCGUCACCCAACAAAGAUAAACUUGGGAAGCGCUUUCACAGCUGCUGCGUGGCUCAAAACCUCCGCGCUCUCUGGGUCGUGGGUACAGACGAUAUUUAGCUUUGCAAAGCACGAUUCGUAUAACGCUUUGUUUGUCUACAUUAUGCCAGCUUCGAUAUCAAUCGUCAUGGAUAAUAAUGAGAGGAUAAGUGACAUCCCCGCGCCGUUGAUGGACGAUAGAUGGCACCACGUGACCUUCACGUGGAUUAGAGGUAUCUGGGAACUUUACAUAGAUGGUGUCAGCAAGCAGAAUGGAAGGUCCCUCGCGGAGAGCUCAACCUUUUCUGACGUCAUAGCCAUAUUUGGGCAGGACCAAGACUCGUACGGAGGAGGGUUUACUCUCAAUCAAUGCUUUGUGGGGAGUCUUAGUGGAGUUAAUGUUUGGAGUCGAGUAUUGAAUUGGGAAGAAAUUGCGAAGAUUUUCGGGGGGUGUAACACAAUGGACGGGGACGCCGUGCAAUGGGGCGAUCUGUACCCGUGGGAUAACAUGGGAGAAAUGGAAAUCGAUUGCCCUGCUCUGUGCUUGUAGGUGCCAACAACAGCUAACAGCGGAAGAUAACAACAAAGGCUUGUAUUUUUGCCAUUAAACUUGUUCACGAGUGAAACUUUGAAGUGCUAUUUUGCAGCUUUUUAAAACGCUUACAAAAGUCUGAGAAAAAAUAUAAGUCGCUGAGAAAGGUUUGCUGUGGCCUUUAUUGUUGAGACGGCAUACAAUUUUUUUUUUAAUUUUUAGUUGAGCAAGGGCGGAUACAGGUGCGUGGAUAUCCACCCCCCUUUUUGAGCAAACAAAAAAUUGAAAAUUCACUUUGUUUGAAGAAACUACGGAGAAGGUACUGUCCAUGUGCCAUCGUAUGCUUAACUUUUCUGACGCGACAAAUUCAAUUCAGCUUGAAGUAUUGUUAGGUCUCUGUGACCUACCAAGAACCACUAGAUAGGUUACAGGCCGCCUAUCCGACUAUUAUCCACCCCCUAUAUUUUGAGAUCCUGGAUCCGCCUCUGGUUGAGGCUGAGCAGUUCUUAUUUUUGGAGCAUUUUAAGGCCAAAUAAGUUCUUAACGAUGUUCUUAAAUUUUAGUUUAUGUAAGAAUAUAAUACCCAAUGAAUUAUUAGGAAGAAAAUUACACUUAUGAUCAAUAGCAAUAAUAAGGUUGUUACUAUGAGCACAAUUUGAUUCAGCACAUUAGAACGCACCAGGACUGCUAUUUGAGCCUCAGCUUGUUCUUAGCAUGUUCUUAAAAUUGGGCAGACUCUCAGACUGGACGUUCUUAAUGUUUUUUAUAAAAAAGAAAGAGAACAUUUUCACAUAUCGAACAUUUUGUCCUUUUUUUUCGCUUUAUCUUCGCCUUGUACUAUAUUUGGAAGUCCGCUAAUUUUCUUGUUUUUUUUUUUGUUGCCGCUAAACGGUGUUUAAAUUUUAAAAAUUCACGUAAACUUGCAGAGAAAUAUGUUUUCCUUCGUUCCUUCGUCUUUUUUUAUGCAGCCAUUUUGAAAAGGACCGAAGAAUUCGCUUGUGCUCGCCCCCAGUUUCCCAUUGGCCAUUUCAACGUAGGAAAAAUAUGUUUCAUAUGUGUUAUCUCAGAAACAUUUUUUUUAAAUCAAUCAUUUUUUGAAACCCUGCUACAUGAUAUAACUGUUAUGUAUAACUGUUAUUUGCAUGAUGAGAAAAAAAUGUAUUUUCUGCUAUUUCAUUUAUAUAAUUCGUUUGUACUAUAAAAAAAAAUACUGCUUGAGAAUAAAACCCUACGUGAGUUCGUA